GCUCCGCCCAAUUCCAAACGCCGCGCCGCUCACUGGGGCCGCCUGUGCGGUGGCCGGCCUGCACCGCAGCACCUCAGCACAGCCCAGCCUGUCAUGGCCCCUUCUCACCCAAGCCGGCGGCGGAUGACGGCAUCUGCGUGCCGCAGACUCGCUUCGACUCACACUCCCACCACCACCACCACCUCACGACUCCUCUCUGCACCAUGCGUCUCUCCUCGCCGCUCGCGGCCCUCGCGACGCUCGCCGCCGCCGCGCUGCCCGCCGCAUACGCGCAGAUCGCCAUGGCCAGCGGCAUGACGGCCGACUCGUACUGCAACAGCGGCGGGCAAUUCUGCGUGACGGGCGUGUAUGUGCCUUCCGCGCAGGCGGUCAACUACACGGUCGUGGUGCAGAAGGCCGGCAACACGCCGUACGGCUGGACGGGCGUCGGUGUGGGCUCGGGCAUGGCGGGCGCCAACAUGGUGAUCGGAUGGGUCAACGGCCCCGGCUCGGCCACCAUCUCGCACCGCUCGGCCUCGGGCGAAGUCAUGCCCACCGAGGCUCGCGUGGCGACCAACAAUCUGCCCGCCUUCACCGCCAACUCGCAGACGACGACGACGGCCGAGUACAGCGUGUACUCCUGGCUCUUCCCGGCGUCGAGCGCACCCAGCGGCACCGUGUCGCACAUCUACGGCUAUGCGGGCAGCAACAAGGCGCCGUCGUCGAGCGACAGCGGCGCCACGCUGCGCCAGCACGACACAUACGGUUACUUCUCCCUCGACAUGUCCAAAGCCUACGACGGCACCGCGCCCGCCGGCCUGCCCAACGUGGCUGCCACGACGCCAAGCAGCACCGACUCAAACGGCUCCAGCAGCGGCAGCGCCGGCUACGGCCAGCGCAACCGUGACCUGAGCCAGAUGACGACGGUCGUGUAUCUCGUGCACAUGAUCUUCAUGGUUGUCGGCCUGAUUGUCAUUGCGCCGCUGGGCAUCCUCGUGGCGCGCUACGGCCGCACGCUCUUCAAGUGGUUCCCCACGCACGCCGGCCUGCAGCUCUUCGUUGUGGUGCUGGUCAUCGUCGGCUUUGCGCUCUCCGUGCACAACGUCAUGGCACAGGACAAGGACAGCUUCUCGCUGCUGCACCACCAGCUCGGCCUGGCGAUCUUCAUCCUCGUCAUCUUCCAGGCGCUGAUGGGUGCGCUGAGCCACAUCAUUGUGCGCCGCACUGGCUUCCGCUACCUUGGCUACUUCCACGCCCUCACCGGCGUCGUCAUCUUCGGCCUGGCCGUCUGGAACGCCCACGAGGGCUUCGAGCUGUGGACGUGGCAGCCGCCGGCGUACGCCAGCUAUAUCAUCUACGCCUGGGCCGGCGUCGUGGCGCUCAUCUACGUCAUUGGCUUCAUGUUCCUGCCGCGCGAGCGCCGGCAACACAAGGAGUGGCUCGCCAACAGGAACGGCGGCGGCAGCAACCAGUCUCUCACGCACGAGAAGACGCCGCCUCACGUCGCCUGAGCAGCGAGAGGAGCGCUCCCUGGGCCAGCUAGCGCGCUGCGUUGUACAUACUGCCGAUCUUGGCUAAGUCGAGGCUUGAUACCAUCACAACCCAUCCUUCCCUCCCCCCCCCCCCCC